AUGCAAGCCCUGUCUCUACGUUCUGUGGCUGUUGACAAGUUCUCUGGACGCUCUCGUGGCUUUGGAUUUGUCUCCUUUGAUGAAAAGAGUGCAAUGGAAGAGGCCAUUGAAGCCAUGAAUGGAAUUGAUUUAGAUGGCCGAACCAUUACUGUUGAUAAAGCGCGCCCGAACCAGGGUUCAGGUAGAGAUUAUGACAAUGAUCGCUCACGUGACCGUGAACGUGAUCGAGGUCGUGAUCGUGAGUAUGGAAGUGGGAGGGGAUCUGGUGGCGAAGGGUGCUUUAAGUGUGGCAAACCUGGGCACUUUGCUAGAGAAUGCCCAGAUGAAGGGGCUAAAGGCAGUAGGUAUGGGAGCAGGGAUGAUAGGUAUGGUGGCAGCGGUGGUGGCAGGGGUGGAGGCAGUUAUGGUCCUGACCGCAAUGGAGAUCGAUAUGGAGGCCGUAACAGGGAUUCUGGUGGCCAUGGGGGAGGUGAUCGAUAUAGUCGUGACCGCUCUGGGCCUUACGAUCGCCGAGGAUCUGGGGGUUUCCGAUCUGGGUAGUUCAAUGUCUGACUUUAUGCUGAAGUCAUUGAAGUCCCGGUGCUCCUGGAUGCAAGUUUUACAUCAUUUCUCUCUUGUUGGCAUGUUGGCUAAAUGGAUCAUUGUUGAAAGUAUGACUCGGCAUUAAUAGUUUACGUAUAUCGUAUCACUAAAAUGUUCUAUGGUUUGGUCCUUUGGGGUCCUAUGCUUGUUUGAUGUGCGGUUUCGAAUCUGAUCUUAGACUUUUGAAUGCUAUUAUUCCAACUGGUUGCCUCCUUUCUUGCUUACACUACAAUUAACUGCUGCUGGAUUCGAAUUCUCUCGCAUUGGCAUUAUUCAUCUCAAUGUCUUUAUGGAGUUAUAUGUGAAUGAGGAAUGAUGAUGAGAACUUGGAAUUGGUGAUAGUAAAAUGUGGCCCCACCAUCAGGUGAGCUCAUGGAAUUGAAACAUAGAUUCUAGCUUAGAAGUCAAGACUACUUUUCUUCUCCUAUAAACUCGGUUUUUAGUGAUUAAAAAAGAGUUAACAGGGUAAUUGUUUAUUUUCUGUAUUUGAACCUUACCCAAAACUUCAACUCAUGUUUAAUUUCUGAUUCUUGCAGUAUUAAUAAUGUUAAACUUUUGGCAGGCUUCCUGGCUAA